CUGUCUAAGAAGUAAGGACUGAGGAGGCGUUUUGUAAACACUAAACAGUCAACAGUGAUUGAUUAGAAUUGUAUUAUUUAAAUUGUUUACUCCUGUCCUGUGAUUGUCGGCAAACUUUAGUUCUCUCUCUACAAGUUUUUUCUGACUGAUAACAUCGGUUUUCAAAAGUAAAAUCCAAAUUUAAAAAAACUUUUUAACCCUAGUUUAAAUUUUAUUUUAACCUAACUUCAGGAUAUUCAAAUCUUGUUAUGUUAAAAUAUUGAAGUUAUUUGUCAAGAAUCAUAAUACCGUUACAUAUUUAAUGUAAUUCAGUACUUAUUGUAGCUAUUUGGUUAUAAGCAUCAUGACGGUGGCCAUACUAAAUGCUCAUGAUGAACACUGUACCAAAGGAGCUUUGACAGGGAUAUUUGGAUGGUUGCUGCAAUUUAUUCUAGCAUCACUGGCCUUUACAUGUCUUAUAGCCAAAAGAUAUUGUGAACCAAGAUUUGAAAGACGGCCGUGGAGAAUAUGGUUUUACGACACUUCUAAACAAGGUCUUGGAUCGUUGUUCAUGCAUAUGUCCAACAUAUUUAUAUCAGGGCGGUUUCAAGGUGAUCCUUGUACUUGGUACAUAAUAAAUUUUCUGUUGGAUUCUUCAGUUGGACUUUUGAUCAUUUAUAUUGGAAUCCGAUUAACUCAGUUUAUUGCAAAAGAGAAAAAAUGGAGUGCAAUUAAUUUUGGUGAAUAUGGGAUGCCUCCAUCAACACAUGCUUGGAUGAUGCAGUGUUGUCUCUACAUCUUGCUCAUGUUUGUGGUAAAAGUGAUCAUCACACUCCUUAUCCAGUUCAAGUUCUGGACAAAAGUACGUGAGUUCAUCCUUUAUCCCUUUCCAAACCAAGAUGUUGAGCUUGCCGUCGUCAUGUUGAUUAUACCCCUUGUGGUGAACGCAAUGAUGUUUUGGGUAACAGAUGACUUCUUAAUGCAUCGGUCUGCAGAUAAAAGUAACAGACUAUUACAAAAAACAAAAAUACAUUAUCGGCACGUGAUGCUCCCAAGAAAUGAGUCUGAUUCUGAUGUGGCUUUAACAACAGAUGAGGAGAUUUUGGAAGAAAGCAUUCGCCACAACCAGUCGUCUGUGCUUUCAUGAUCCUCUCCAUGCUUCAGCAUGAGACAUCACAUUCGGUGGUAUAAUGUGGCUGAAUUUUGCAGGAUCUCCAAAAUCACACCAAAUUAGUAUUUAAGGGUACUUAAGUUAUUUAUUAUUAUUAUAUUAUUGUGUUUUAUUUAAAGUUUAUAACUAGCUUCACAGAUGCAGUGGUCUUCUAUCAUCACAUAAAUAUAUUUAUUCCAUUAUAUCGCUUCACAGAUGCAGUAGUCUUCUGUCAUCACAUAAAUAUAUUUAUUCCAUUAUAUCGCUUUACAGAUGCAGUGGUCUUAUAUCAUUACAUAAAUGUAUUUAUUUUAUUUUAUUGUUUAUUGUGUUAUAAAUUUUACUACUAGCUUUACGGAUACUGUGUUCUUAUAUCAUUCCAAAUAAAUAUAUUUAUUUAAUUUUA